AUGUUGAUCAAAAUAUUAUUAGUGAUUGCAUUGCAAUUUGUUAACUUGACAUUAGGAUUGAAUAUCUUGAUGUCUUCAAAAGAUUCAUGGGUGUCAAAAAACACUCGUCAUUUGUACGCUGGAUUAAAGGCCGAGGGCCACAAUGUCAGAUUGAUAGCACCUUUGAAUAAUAAUGGACAUAUAAACGACGCGGGCCUUGCCAGUGGAGCUUCUAAAAGAGAACAAGGAGAUCAAGGAGGAGAACAACGUGAGAUUCUCAACGGAGGAGACUUCGGACACUUGUUGCCAGUGCACCAGAAGUACUACAAAGCGAUAAAUAAGUUGAACAACUUGCCACGCGGGGCCAAGAAUGUGAUAUUAAAGAAAGACUUGGAAAGUGCUGGCGAUAAGUCCGCUGAAACGGUCAGCAACAACUACUUUGGACAAGAUCCAUUGGACGAAUCGGUUUGGUACGUGAAUGCAUCGCCAUUGGAGUCAUUAUUGAUUGCUUUUGACGUGCUUUUGCCUCAAUUUGAGCCCGAUUUCAAGCCUGACUUGGUCCUCUUGGGUCCUGAUGAAGGCUUAUCAUUGACUCCUUCAACAGCUAGUAAUCAGCCAUUAUUCCACGAAAAGCACCCCAACUCGGAUAACGGAUUGGAUUCGAUGAUGCGUUUAACGAUGUUAAAGAAAUACCCUGUCAUUGGCGUAUCUACCGGUGAUGACCACCACAUUUAUUUCCAAGACGAAAACUUUUUCAAUAUCCAACAAAACGUCUUAUCCAAGCAAUUGUUGAAAAAGAACGUUUUCACCAAAAACAUAAAAUUCAUUAAUGGUAAAGUGAUUGACUUGAUUAACAAAUUAACGACAUCAGAACAAGGCAUAUUACCAGAGAAUGUCGCCUUGAAUGUCAACUUUCCAUCCAUAAACCACGAUGUCUCCCAUUGUACUACAUCGUGGAAAAACAAAAACAACAAUGACCCAAAUUUUCAACAAGUUGUCUACGACAAAAAAUACGAUCACUCCAAGCAUAAUAUCUUACCAAAGUACGAAUUGAUCAACAAUACUAUUCAUAUUGUUGGUGAAUACAGCGUGAACAUCGAUGAAGAUGCCGAACAACAAACCUUUGUUGAUAAGAAAUCUUAUUACUAUUCGCAUAUUCUGAGACGUUCCAGUUCCACCGAUUCCCUCACUGAACCUAGCGGAGUUAAUCAAGACUACUCCGACAACGAUGAUAUCAAUCAAAUCAUGAGUAACAUCGACGAAUUAAACGUAUUGAAGAAUUGCGGUAUCAGUGUCAGUGUAAACCACUUGAUAAAAGGUAAUGGAUUGGGCAAAGAUUUCUUUGAUCUUGAAUCGUUAUUCAAUUGA